AGAGUUGUGAGACGAAUUUUUCGGAAAAACUUAAAAGUUAAAGAGUGUAGUGCUAUUAUUGAAUACUACUACUAGUGUUUCGUGGUACUAACAAUUAUUUUAAAUUUAUGCUAAACGUUAUUUGAGAAUAAAAUAACAAGUAUUAAACAAUUGUGAAAACGAGAGCAACAAGAUGGUGCGUCUAUCUUUGCUCCUCAGAACACUUGAUGUUGCCAAGACUAAGAGGUCUAAGGUAAGAAAAAAUAGAUUCAUCGAUAGUCUUAGAAUUCAUGUGAAAGCUGGUGCAGGAGGUAUGGGAUUACCAAAAUUUGGUGGAAUGGGAGGAAAAGGUGGUGAUGUUUAUAUAGAAGCCAAAGAGAACAUUGAACUUAAGUAUAUCAAGGACAAGUGGCCAAAUAAACGUUUUAAAGCAGGAAUUGGACAAAAUAGCAGAGUGUACAGAAUACUUGGGGAACCUGGUGAGGACCUUACCAUUCCCGCACCUGUUGGGUUGACUGUCAUUAGUGAACACGGAAGAGUUCUAGCUGACCUCAACAAAGAUGGGGACCGUGUCCUUGUAGCAGCUGGUGGAGUUGGAGGAGGUCCACAAAAUCAGUUUAGUGGGCAAAAGGGGCAGACUCAAUCUUUGACUCUUGACCUUAAACUCAUUGCUGAUGUUGGACUAGUAGGAUUUCCUAAUGCUGGGAAGUCGACUUUAUUGAAGGCAUUAUCACGAGCUUCUCCAAAAAUAGCAAAUUAUCCAUUCACAACAAUUACACCUAAUUUGGGAGUAAUGAUGUACAACGACCUCAGACAGAUCUCAGUAGCAGAUCUGCCAGGACUUAUAGAAGGAGCUCAUAGGAAUUAUGGGAUGGGCCAUAAAUUUUUAAAACACCUCGUGAGAACAAGACUGCUAAUGUUUGUUGUGGACAUUGGAGGUUUUCGUCUCAAGCCUCAAUCACCAUUCAGGUCAGCAUUGGAGACAAUUUUUCUCCUGAAUCAGGAGCUUGAGUUAUAUAAAGAAGACUUAACUGUGAAACCUGCCCUCCUAGCCAUAACAAAAAUGGACACAAAGGAUGCAGAAAAAAAGUUUCAGAAGUUAAAAGAGGAAAUCAACUAUUAUAAGGAAUAUCCAGAGGAAUUACCAGAUGAGCUAAAAUCCAGACAUUUUGUGGGAUUUGAUGAUGUAAUUCCUAUUUGUGCUACAAAAGCAGUUAACAUUGUGCAUCUUCAGCAGCGUAUCAGAGAGAUUAUUGAUUUUCACGUGGAGAUCAAAACUUCCCAGAAAGACGGUCAAUGCACUGAAAUAGCUAUCCCUAAAAAUGAACAAGAAAGCAUUCAGUUGUUUUGAUUUCAUAGUUAUUGUGUAAAUACACUUGUAUCAAGCUUGAGAUAAUAAACAGAUAUCCUUUCAGUUGA